AGACGGCGGCGCCUGCGUCGCCAUGGUCGGCAAGGACUGCGUCGCCAUCGCCUGCGACCUCCGCCUCGGCCUCCAGGCCCUCACCAUCUCCAACAACUUCCCCUACAAGGUCAACAUGUACCGCCUCCGCGAGGAGCGCGCCAUCGCCCCGCGCACCUUUGCCAACCUCGUCUCCUCCUCCCUCUACGAGCGCCGCUUCGGCCCUUACUUCGUCUCGCCCGUCGUCGCGGGCCUGGAUCCCAAGACGGGCAGCCCCUUCAUCUGCGGCUUCGACAGCAUCGGGUGCAUUGAUUUCGCAAAGGACUUUAUCGUCUCGGGGACGGCGUCGGAGCAGCUGUUUGGCAUGUGCGAAGGCUUGUGGGAGCCUGAUUUGGAGCCCGAUGCGUUGUUCGAAACCAUCUCACAAGCCCUCCUAAACGCCGUCGACCGCGACGCCCUCUCCGGCUGGGGCGCCCACGUGUACAUCAUCGAGAAGGACAAGGUCACCAAGAGGUUACUAAAGGGCAGACAGGACUAGAUA